CAGGAAACUCCAUAUCUCCCUGUCUACCAGACUGACAGACGCGGAGCCAGCAGGACGCACUCUGCACGGAUGAUGGCCGAUCGUCACCCACAGAACAUCUGACUGAGCCGCAGGCUCUCCUGGCUCCUGUUUGGCUCCGGGCCCCGCAGACCGACCACUUUCCUCUUAUGUUCCACUCUCGCCGCUCCCUCUCAGUGAGGCAGCUUUGGAAGCAGCGCUGUAUAACACCCAGCCGGGGUCAAGGGGAAGGGGCGCCCUCCCACCCUGAGGACCUCCACAAUGCCCUGCGCCCAGCGGUCCACCAGAUCCUAAAGAAGCUAAAGGAUGAGCAGCGAUGGCAGUUGUUGGAGGCGGUGGAAAGUCGGGGGCGCUGGGACUGCGGCUGCAUCUGGCUGCCCUGGGAAGCCCGAGGGGGGAAGCAGGUGCUGCCGCCUCAGGUGCUGCUCUGCAGGUUGUACCGAUGGCCCGACCUCCGCACCACCACCGAGCUCAAGAGCCUGAGCCACUGUGAGAACUUCUGGAGGAGGAGUGGGGAUGGCACCUCUGUCUGCUGCAACCCCUACCACUUCAGCCGGCUGGCAGCAGCGGAUGGGGGCACCUCUUCCCUCUACAAGACGAGAGAGUUCGCCCACCUCGCCCAGUCUAAAGUGGUGCCCACCGAGCAGGAGUCCAGCCGCUAUCAUGUGCGAGGACUACAUGACACCACUCUUUCCAGAGGAUCCAUCCGUGACGGUCACUGGUGUAAGCUGGCAUACUGGGAGCACCGCACACGUGUGGGGCGCCUCUACAACGUCACCGAACCUUCUGUCCACAUCUUCUAUGACCUGCCCAAGGCCAGCGGCUUCUGCCUGGGGCUCUUGGGCCUUGAGCCUCGCAAUGAGACCGUGAGACGGACCCAAAAGAAGAUCGGCCAGGGCCUGGUCCUGAGCCAGGAGCAGGGGGAGGUGUGGGUGCACAACCGCAGUGAGCACCCCAUCUUCAUCAACUCGCCCACCCUGGCCACCUCCUGUGCCCGCGGGCAAGCUGUGCACAAGGUUCUGCCUGGUUACUCCAUCAAAGUCUUUGAUUCUGAAAGAGCAGCUGAUUUAUCGGGGCGCUCCGACCUGAGGGAUGGGCCGUGCGACACCCACAGCGUUCGUAUAAGCUUUGCCAAAGGUUGGGGGGCAUGCUAUUCCCGGCAAUUUAUCACUUCCUGCCCCUGCUGGCUGGAGAUCCUGCUCAGCACCUCAAAAUGAGUGACCUAACGAUGGAUGCGGGGUUCCCUAAAGAUGGUCUGUGCAUCCUGAAUAGAAGUAGGGUUCCAUCACUGCUGACAAGCUGCCCCCACACAGCAUCACCUUCUCAGCCAGAUAGUGAUCCAUCACCAGCACAGGCUCCAUCAUCGGGUGCAGGGAUCCAUCACCAGCACAGGCUCCAUCAUCGGGUGCAGGGAUCCAUCACCAGCACAGGCUCCAUCAACAGUAAACAUGUGCAGUCCCUGGCCAGGCCAGAGGUAUCUUCCACUGAUGAGAAGGUUGGCAGUCACCAGAAGGGAUCUGGUCUCAGGCUUUGUAAUGUCACUGCGCCAUCUGCUGGAGGUCACUAUAAAUAACACCCUGCAGUCAUACACCUGACGAGUACAUUACCACACAGGUGGACCAUGUGACUAUGGGGGUGGGGGCCCUGGAUUAGGGGAGGCUAUUAGUAAAGUAGGGGGGGGGAUCCCCUCCCCAAAGGAACAGGUGUAGGGGACACUAAACCAAAAGGGGCCAUGUUGUACUCCUUGAUAUGGGGCCCUUCUCUGAUGCCCAUCCUCCAUUCCACAGAUAGGAGAAGAAGGAGAAGGCGCUUGAUUCUGACUGGAGCACAGGUGGAGCAGAAUUUGUUGUAACAAGUGUAUGUAGUCUAUAUGGACCCACCAUAAUGUCCACCCUGUCUCCAACACCUGACAGUGUGCCAGAAAAUCUCUUGUAUGGUCAUCUUGACAAAUAAUGACCAGGUGGAGGUGGGGAGCAGUGUGGGCUGUUAUGUGGAUGGGUCACCAGGUGAAGGUGUGGAGCAGUGUGGGCUGUUAUGUGGAUGGGUCACCAGGUGGAGGUGUGGAGCAGUGUGGGCUGUUAUGUGGAUGGGUCACCAGGUGGAGGUGUGGAGCAGUGUGGGCUGUUAUGUGGAUGGGUCACCAGGUGGAGGUGUGGAGCAGUGUGGGCUGUUAUGUGGAUGGGUCACCAGGUGGAGGUGUGGAGCAGUGUGGGCUGUUAUGUGGAUGGGUCACCAGGUGGAGGUGUGGCGCUGUGUGGGCAGUGAUGUGGAUGGGUCACCAGGUGGAGGUGUGGAGCUGUGUGGGCAGUGAUGUGGAUGGGUCACCAGGUGGAGGUGUGGAGCAGUGUGGGCUGUUAUGUGGAUGGGUUACCAGGAGGAGGUGUGGAGCUGUGUGGGCUGUUAUGUAGAUGGGUCACCAGGUGGAGGUGUGGAGCAGUGUGGGCUGUUAUGUGGAUGGGUCACCAGUUGGAGGUGUGGAGCAGUGUGGGCUGUUAUGUAGAUGGGUCACCAGGUGGAGGUGUGGAGCAGUGUGGGCUGUUAUGUGGAUGGGUCACCAGGUAGAGGUGUGGAGCAGUGUGGGCAGUGAUGUGGAUGGGUCACCAGGUGGAGGUGUGGAGCUGUGUGGGCAGUGAUGUGGAUGGGUCACCAGGUGGAGGUGUGGAGCAGUGUGGGCUGUUAUGUGGAUGGGUCACCAGGUGGAGGUGUGGAGCAGUGUGGGCUGUUAUGUGGAUGGGUCACCAGGUGGAGGUGUGGAGCAGUGUGGGCUGUUAUGUGGAUGGGUCACCAGGUGGAGGUGUGGAUCAGUGUGGGCUGUUAUGUGGAUGGGUCACCAGGUGGAGGUGUGGAGCAGUGUGGGCUGUUAUGUGGAUGGGUCACCAGGUGGAGGUGUGGAGCAGUGUGGGCUGUUAUGUGGAUGGGUCACCAGGUGGAGGUGUGGAGCAGUGUGGGCUGUUAUGUGGAUGGGUCACCAGGUGGAGGUGUGGAGCAGUGUGGGCAGUGAUGUGGACGGGUCACCAGGUGGAGGUGUGGAGCUGUGUGGGCAGUGAUGUGGACGGGUCACCAGGUGGAGGUGUGGAGCUGUGUGGGCAGUGAUGUGGACGGGUCACCAGGCGGAGGUGUGGAGCAGAGUGGGCAGUGACGUGGAUGGGUCACCAGGCGGAGGUGUGGAGCAGAGUGGGCAGUGACGUGGAUGGGUCACCAGGCGGAGGUGUGGAGCUGUGUGGGCAGUGACGUGGAUGGGUCACCAGGCGGAGGUGUGGAGCUGUGUGGGCAGUGACGUGGAUGGGUCACCAGGCGGAGGUGUGGGGACAUUAUAAUCGAUUCUAUAUAUCGCUUCUAUUAUGCACUUGAUUCGUCAGUAUAAUUUAUGAUUAAGAGGGUGAUUAUAUUUCUCCUUUGUA